GUCGUGGUGGUAAUAUUGAACAAUGCAAAACGGAACGUAACAAAUAACCUCAAAAUUCAUUCAUGUCAAUUUUCCCGAAGCGAGUUGUGCAAACAAACCACACGUGUUUUUACUAUAAAGUUGACUAAAACCAGUGAUGUUGCAGUGAAUACGUGAAAAUGAGUAAAUUAUACGUGCUCUAUGAGCACAGCGCAGGCUUCGCGCUUUUCCGAGUGGCGGAGUUCGAAGAACUUGCUGCAUUUUUGCCGCAAGUAGAAGAGUCUGUGACUGACUUGCAGCGGUUCAACUCGGUGGUGACUUUGAUAGCGUUCCAGCCGUUCAAAUCUGCCGUGUUGGCUUUGGAGAAUAUAAAUGCUAUUUCUGAAGGAAUAUUGCCUGAAGAUUUGAACUUGUUCCUCGAAGGUGCCUUACCGAAACGCAAAAAGCGUGGCAAAUGCACACUGGGUGUGCUCGACCCGAAGUUGGGGGCGGCGAUCAGUGAAGCGCUAGAAAUACCAUGCUCACACACCGGUGCAGUCCCAGAGAUACUGAGAGGUAUCCGUCACCACUUCCACGCACUGAUCAAAGGGCUCACGCAGAAGGCAUGCAGCGUCGCGCAGCUGGGUCUCGGCCACUCGUACUCACGAGCUCGUGUCAAAUUCAACGUGCACCGUGUGGACAACAUGAUUAUACAGAGUAUUGCGUUGUUGGAUCAGCUGGAUAAAGACGUCAACACAUUCUCGAUGAGGAUAAGAGAGUGGUACUCAUAUCACUUCCCAGAGCUGAUCAGCAUCGUCCCAGAGAACCACUUGUACACAAAAUGUGCGGAAUUUAUCAAGGACAGGAAGACCCUCAGCGAAGAGUCGGUGGAACCGUUGACGGAGAUCCUCGGUGACUCGGAGAAGGCCCAGGCUAUUAUUGAUGCGUCCAAGAUGUCCAUGGGCAUGGACAUUUCGCCGGUCGACUUGAUCAAUAUACAGAUGUUCGCUGGGAGAGUUGUUGCGUUGAGUAAUUACAGAAAACAGAUUGCCGAGUACCUGCACUCGAAGAUGAACAGCGUGGCUCCGAAUCUGACGACGCUAGUGGGAGACCAGGUGGGCGCCCGGCUGAUAUCCAAGGCCGGCUCACUGACCAGCCUGGCCAAGUACCCGGCUUCCACCCUGCAGAUCCUGGGUGCGGAGAAAGCUCUCUUCCGCGCGCUCAAGACUCGCUCCAACACGCCCAAAUACGGCCUGUUAUACCACUCCACCUUCAUCGGGCGCGCCGGCCUGAAGAACAAGGGCCGCAUCAGUCGCUACCUCGCCAACAAGUGCUCCAUCGCAUCUAGAAUCGACUGUUUCUCUGAGAGCUUAUCAACAAUCUUCGGCGAGAAACUCCGUCAGCAAGUCGAAGACCGCCUCAAGUUCUACGAAACUGGUGAUAUUCCCAAGAAGAACAUUGAGGUCAUGAAAGAAGCUAUGGAGGAGGCCACACAGGCCCUCACUGAGGCCGCUGCCAGCGCUAAGAAGAAAAAAAAGAAGAAAAAAGUCUCAGAGCCCAUGGACGAAGAUUAGAUUUAAGAAAUCAAUUGUCGAUACUGAAAGAAUGCACAGAGUUUAGACUGUUAUAAAAAGGAUAGAGAAGCUAUCGAAUUAAAAUAAAGUU